AUACGCGCAUGUUUUUCUAUUGCCCCACCAUUGGACGAUGUCUCGGUUCGUCGUUUGUGUUUGAACAGUUCGUCGAUGGCAUUUUAUGUACUCUAUAGUUGUUUUGCUGAUAAAGCAGAGUGCACGUCUUUGAGGUUAUCGUUCUGUUAUUGUUUUGAUUAGGUGGACGUUUUUUCGAUUUCGAGAAGUGAAAAUGGUCGCAUCGGAGGUGCAGAAUUCGCAGAUGAUGAAUAAACCUGGACUGCAGUUUCCAAAUCAGGAUGAUUUGCAGAUUAUGGAUCCAGCGAAGUAUUUAUUCAGCGUAUCGAAGAUUACAGAUGAUUUAUAUCUGUGCGGAGCUUGCGCUUUGAGGGCAGACACGUUUGAAAAAUUGGGCAUCACUUGUGUGAUUAACUGCACCACUAGAGAGGAGCUGCCAGAUCCGCCGAUUGCUGAUCAUAUUACGUAUCUCAGAAUACCUGUUCGGGACUCGACACAUACCAAUUUAUCUCAAUAUUUCCAUACAAUUACGGAUACUAUUAAAAAUACUAUUCUACAAGGUGGCAGAGUACUAGUCCAUUGUAUCGCUGGAGUCAGCAGAUCGGCAUCUAUAUGUCUAGCGUACCUGAUUAAAUACCACAAUAUGUCAUUAAGAGAAGCUUACCAACACAUAGAAAGAAGAAGACCAUGCAUACGACCAAAUAAUUCAUUUUUCAAACAACUCAUCGAAUUCGAAAUAGAAAUCUGCGGUAUUUGUUCCAUAUCGAUGAUUUUAGACGAUACGACUAAAACUCACAUUCCAGAUAUUUAUGAAUGUAAAUUCAAAGACAGAUUGUGUUGCCAGCUGAAAUUAUGCCAGAGGCGGCAUUACGGAACACAUUGAAUAUUUCCUUCAUCAAAGCUUCAUUUUUAUUAUUUUUUUUUCUUUUCUCGAUUGUGUUCAAUUUUUAUUCAUUUUUGCAAUUUUAUUUCGCCUCAUAUAUUGUAUAGACGCUGUGUGUCGUCUGUCAUUUCAAAUAUAGGUGUAAGCGGCGUGUUCAAUUUUUCUUUUUUUUCACCUUGAUUUGUAUUUAUAAUUUAUGUUUUGUAUGCUAUAGAUUUAUAUUAUUAUGUUGUAAUAUUAAGCAUAUUGUACCAAAAUAGCUUAGUGUUCAGUUCACUUUGUAAAAUAAAAUUAUUCAUUUUAA